AACAAAGCUUGCGGCGUUGUCGAAGUAAUUCUGAAUCUUAGAUCAACAAAUUAAAAAAAAAAAAAAAAAAAAAGGGAGGUACCUUAGUUGAUCUCUCCAUGAAGCUUCUAAUGCCAUCUUCCUUUGACAACAUCAAGGAAUUUGCUUUAAAAACAGACCCUUCCAUUUCAAAGAUUGAGAUCAAGAGUUUUCUAGAAUCAAUGCAUGGCCUUGAAGUCAAAAAGGUUCGGACCCUAAAUAUGGAAGGAAAGAAGAAGAAAAGAGGGGGUCAUUUGAUUGCAAGACCCAAGUACAAGAAGGCCUAUGUGACACUGAAAAAUCCAUUGUCCUUUCCCUCCAGUAUUAUCCCUAGUCAUGCUAUUGAAACGGAGAACAAUAUCCUGAGUAAGCAGAUCAUCUAGUAUCAAAAAGGACAGUGAAGAUCUCAACCAAACACCUUGUGGCAAUCCUUCAUCUCUGCUGCUUUCUCCUUAAUAAUCAAUUAAUCGUCUUUAAUCCAAAAGGGAAGUUUCACGGAAGGUGCUCUAGGCCAGGCUCAUGGGGAUUUGUCUAAAGGAGGUAAAAAGAUAAGCUAGGGUUUUUUCAGGGGAUGAAAAAAGGGAGGAGGUCUUUUGUUUUGAGAGUAGGCUAAGGGAUUCUAUUUUUCAAAAUUCUUUUGGGGAUUGUUAUUUGAUCUAUAACGUGGAUAAUCCAAGCUAGAUUAUAUUUAAAAAGACAAACACUUCAAUUUCCAGCCAUCCUUGGUUCCUUGGUGAUCCAAGACCUCCAUUCUUGUGGUCAUCGAGUCUUCUGAUUACUCACCCAAACUAAAUUAGAUUUAGGGUUUUGGAAGCUUUGUAUGCAAAGAUUUUGAUUUCUUCACCUCAACAUUGUAAGCAACUUUCAAUUUCAAUAAAAUCUCAAAUUUUCA